CCUACUAGUCUUCGUCCACGGCCGAAAUGCCCCUCCCCCUCCGUCGAAUUGCAACGUCGCUUAGGGAGUACAGACCCUUCUUGUCACUUCCGUUCCACAUCAAGGGCAAUUUGACAUCUCACACAAUUUUUGAUUCCACCGUACGCCGCUUAUCUUCUCGUCACGCAUUCUACGGACAUAUCAGCGAUUCAAAGAUGGCACCGCAACUUGAGCCGUUUUUCAAACAGGUCGACGACCUAUCCGGUUCCUUCAUUGAUAGGCUACGAAAGGCUGUUGCCAUUCCAUCGAUCUCUGCGCAGGAUGAGAACAGAAAAGAUGUCUUCAAGAUGGCUCAGUUCCUCGCCUCCGAACUCGAAGCUUUGGGUGCUGAAGUGGAACAACGCCCGCUAGGCAAGCAGCCCGGCAAGGAGCACCUUGAUCUACCUCCAGUUGUAGUCGCUCGGUAUGGUAACGACAAGAAUAAGCGCACUAUUCUCGUCUACGGUCAUUAUGACGUUCAGCCUGCCUUGAAAGAAGACGGCUGGGCGACAGAACCGUUUGAGUUGACUGUCGAUGAUCAGGGAAGAAUGUUUGGACGUGGAAGCACUGACGACAAAGGACCAGUCUUGGGAUGGUUGAACGUGAUCGAGGCUCACAAAAAGGCGGGUGUGGAUUUCCCGGUCAAUCUCCUUUGCUGCUUCGAAGGCAUGGAAGAAUACGGCUCGGAAGGCCUGGAGGAGUUCAUUCAAACCGAAAGUAAGAAAUUCUUCAAGGACGCAGAUGCCGUUUGUAUCUCGGACAACUACUGGCUGGGAACAGAGAAGCCUUGCCUGACUUAUGGUCUUCGCGGUUGUAAUUACUACUCCGUGAGUGUUUCAGGCCCUGCUCAGGAUCUACACAGCGGAGUAUUCGGAGGCUCUGCCCAUGAGCCGAUGACAGACCUGGUCAAUGUUCUCUCCAAACUUGUCGAUCCUAAGGGAAAAAUCUUAAUCCCUGGCAUCAUGGAUCUGGUCGAACCCAUGUCGGAGGACGAGAAGUCCUUGUAUCCUAACAUCAGUUACACCAUGGAGAACCUUCAUGAGUCUUUGGGCAGCGAGACAGGCAUUCAUCCUACCAAGGAAGAAACUCUCAUGGCUAGGUGGCGAUACCCUUCUUUGUCUAUCCAUGGCAUCGAGGGUGCUUAUUCCGCUCCCGGGGCUAAGACUGUGAUUCCAGCCAAGGUAAUUGGCAAGUUCUCUAUCAGAACAGUGCCAAACAUGGAAAGCGAGGAUGUGAACAAACUUGUGUUUGAUCAUAUCAAGUCAGAGUUCGCCAAACUCAACAGCAAGAACAAGCUAGACGUUUGGCUCCAACAUGACGGGAAAUGGUGGGUGGCCAGUCCGAAGCACUGGAAUUUCACCGCUGCAAGCAAGGCUGUUCAACAGGUCUUUGGUGUCGAGCCCGACAUGACCCGCGAAGGCGGCAGUAUCCCGGUCACAUUAAGUUUUGAGCAAGCUACCGGGAAGAACGUUUUGCUUCUCCCAAUGGGCAGUUCAACUGAUGCUGCCCAUUCCGUGAACGAGAAGCUUGACAAGAGAAACUAUAUUGAAGGGACCAAGUUGCUGGGGGCUUAUCUGCACUACGUUGCAGAGGAACCCAUGAACCACUAGUCAUAUGCACCGCCCGAUCGCAUCUCAGCCUCAAGACUUAACUCAACUGCUUCAGUCUGUUGGGACCUUUGAG